UUUGUCUGUCUUCCCUGUCAAGAUCUAGGGUUUUCCAAUCUGUUCAGAGAUCUGUUUGAAGCCAGUUUUCUCUCCGUCUUGCCCUUACAAGAAUAUCAAAAUCGAGUUCACGUUGAUCCACCAAGAAAGCUAAAGCAAUUACAAAUUAUUGGGAUUUUACAGCCCUCCAAAUUUCAUGCUAUGAUUCCUAUGCUUGGAUAAAAUCAAGAUGGAGAGAAAUAGCAGCACCGAAUGCUCAAAGACAACAACAACCCCAUCUAAACAAAACCGCCCUCGGCCCGAAGACAACGACCGUGAAAGCAAGCCUAGAAAUGUAGGAAGCUCGAGCAACAGCACGGUGGAAGAGAACGAUAAGAAGCCAUCCGUUAGGCCUUAUGUCAGAUCCAGGACGCCGAGGCUCCGAUGGACACCGGACCUCCAUCUUCGCUUCAUUCGCGCCGUCGACCGACUCGGUGGACAAGACAGAGCUACUCCGAAGUUGGUUCUUCAGCUGAUGAACAUAAAAGGACUUAGCAUCGCUCAUGUCAAGAGCCACCUACAGAUGUAUAGAAGCAAGAAGAUUGAUGAUCCAAGACAAGGUACGUAUGUAGUUUCAAUUAGGGUUUCGAAUUUCGAUCAAUGGUCUUCUCUAAUGCAUAUACCUUAACAUAUGG